AUGAAACUAGAAGAAAAUGAUAGAUUUCUUGAUUAUCAAGAUAUUGAAUUGCAACAUUUUCAAAAUGGGAAUUAUGGACAGACUGGUGGACUGAGAAGUCGGAGUUCUAUCAUUCUGUCUCAAGAACCAAGUCGCAGUAUAUUUCAUCCUAGAACAGCUUCAGUAGCAGAAAAUGCUGAGGUCAGAUUUCAUGUAGGUGACCAAGAAGAGGAGGCUGAAGACAAAAGUGUCCUUUUUACACAACUUAAUGAACUUGUCACAGUACACGAAGACGUAAUAUGGAAGGAAACUGCAAGGUGGAUAAAAUUUGAAGAGAAAACUGAAGAUGGAGGAGAAAGAUGGAGUAAACCCCAUGUUACCACGCUUACCUUGCAUAGUUUGUUUGAGUUAAGAACGUGUUUUCAAAGAGGGACUAUUUCACUGGAUAUAGAAAAUAACACAUUCAAAGAAAUUAUAGAGCAUAUUCUAAAGAAAAGGAUUUCCAGUGAUCGAACAAUUGAAGAGGAAAAUGAAAAACUAUUACACACUCUUCUUCAAGGAAAUGUACACCACAUCAAAAGAUCAUAUAGGAAAAUGAUUAAAGAUUUGUUCCCAUUAUCCUGCAAAAGUAGACCAGGCAAGAAGACAUCUCCACAAACCGCACUUCUGGAAUUAUCUGAAAAGCCUUCACGAGAACAGUUACAAAAUAAAUUCCGAAAGAAGGUCCCUGAUGAAACUGAAGCCGCAAAUGUUCUUGUUGGUGAGGUGGACUUUUUAACUCAACCAUUUGCUGCUUUUAUUCGAUUAAAGGAUGCAACUGUACUUGGCACUUUAACAGAAGUGGCUCUUCCCACCAGAUUUAUUUUCAUUCUUCUGGGUCCAAGAAGAAAUGCAAAAUCUUACCAUGAAAUUGGAAGAGCUAUUGCCACCUUACUCACCGAUGAGUUGUUCCGGAAAAUUGCAUACAAGUCUAUGAACAGAGAUGAGCUAAUAGCAGGAAUUGAUGAUUUUUUAGAUGAAGUCGCUGUUUUACCUCCUGGCAAAUGGGAUCCUACUGUACGAAUACAACCUCCUAAAUUUCUGCCAUCAGUACAUAAAAGGCAAGAAAUACUGCAAAGAAAAUCAAAAAAUCACUGCAAAGGAAAGCCCCAUGAAACAGAGAAGUUAGCCCACGGACAUUCUCAUGUCAGUGAAGAACUGCUAAAGACAACCAAGUUUUUUGGUGGACUUGUAAAAGAUGUGAGAAGAAAGGCUCCUUGGUAUUGGAGUGAUUAUUAUGAUGCCUUCAAUCUUCAAUGCCUAGCAUCAAUUUUGUUUAUCUAUUUGGCAACUGUAACAAAUGCUAUCACUUUUGGUGGUAUGCUGGGAGAUGCAACGGAUAACAUGCAGGGGGUUCUUGAAAAUUUUAUAGGCACAGCAAUUUGCGGUGGAUUUUUUUGUCUAUUUUCUGGACAGCCGCUAACUAUUAUAAGCAGCACUGGACCUGUGCUUGUGUUUGAGAGACUUUUAUACAGUUUUAGCAAAGAUUACAAUUUUGAAUAUUUAGAAUUUAGACUUUGGAUUGGACUUUGGGUGGCAUUUUAUUGCCUAAUAUUGGUGGCUACCAAUGCCGCUUACUUGGUGCAGUAUUUCACUCGUUUUACAGAAGAAAGCUUUUGUGCAUUAAUAAGUUGCAUUUUCAUUUAUGAUGCAGUGAAAAAGAUGCUAAACCUGGCUAAUCACUUUCCAGUUAAUUGGAGAUACAACAUAGAUUAUAUAACCCAAUACAACUGUAACUGCAGCUUAAUGGAAAUAGGUAAUGAAUCUUCAAGCAAUUUAACAUUGCAUGAUUCAUAUUAUGUGGAUAUGCAAGACCCUCUAAAUCUUACACGAGGGCAGUGCAUUGAGAUUGGUGGACACCUAGAAGGAAACAGCUGUAACUACGUACCUGAUGUCUUUCUAAUGUCUGUUAUCCUGUUUUUGGGGACAUUUCUUUGUACUGCUUUGCUAAAAAGCUUUCAGACAAGCAGAUAUUUAUCAACAUCUAUAAGAAAGUCGAUUGGUGAUUUUUCAGUGAUAUUAACUAUAGUUAUUUUUUGUGCUGUUGAUGUGAUGUGCGGGCUAGGAACACCGAAACUUGUAGUUCCAAAUGACUUUAAGCCAACUAACCCAAAUAGAGGUUGGUUUGUAUAUCCCUUUGGAGGAAAUCCAUGGUGGGUGUGCCUUCUGUCUGGCAUUCCAGCCAUUUUGAUUACAAUCCUUUUAUUCAUGGACCAGCAAAUCACUGCCGUAAUGCUUAAUCGCAAAGAGUACAAGCUGAAGAAAGGAGCAGGACUUCAUUUGGAUUUUUUCUGCAUAUCUUUAUUGAUCGUUCUGACUUCAUUCAUGGGUCUUCCAUGGUAUGUGUCUGCCACAGUAAUUUCUUUUGCACACAUGAAUAGCCUAAAAAUGGAAACUACUGCGUCUGCUCCUGGAGAACAGCCAAAAUUUCUGGGCACCAGGGAGCAGAGAUUAACUGGUUUAGUAGUCUUCAUCCUAACUGGAAUCUCUGUGUUUUUAUCACCAGUUCUUAAGUAUAUACCAAUGCCUGUAUUAUACGGAAUCUUUCUUCAAAUGGGUGUGGCUGCUUUAAAAAGUAUUCAAUUCACAGAGCGGUUGAAAUUACUCUUUAUUCCAUCUAAGCAUCAGCCGGACCUAAUAUACCUUCGCCAUGUUCCACUGCGAAAAGUCCAUUUCUUUACUCUGAUUCAGCUAACUUGUUUGAUUAUCUUAUGGAUACUGAAAUCAACUGAGGCAGCAAUUAUCUUCCCACUGAUGCUGUUGGCUCUUGCUGGCAUACGGAAAGCUAUGGAGUAUAUUUUCUCUUUACAUGAUCUAAGCUGGCUGGAUGACAUAUUACCAGGGAAAGUUGUCACUGAUGAAGAACCUAAGACAGAAGAUUCAGAUUCAACUGACAGUGAAGAUUCCGAAUUAAAAUAUCAAGAAAAAGCUCCUGAAAUUAACAUUUCAGUAAAUUAGAACAGUGAAAUAGAUCUGUUCUGCAACGAGAAAUGGUAAG